AUGCAGGUCCUUGCCCUGCUCCCGCUCAUCCUUCCGGCCCUGCUGCCCGCAGCCAGCACUACUGACCCAGGCCAGCCCUGCCUGUCGGAGAUGAACAAGGUCAAGGACCUCCUGGAGGUGAACUGCACAGGGCAGGCUCUCAGUGCAGUGCCCCCAGACCUGCCCACGGACACGGGCAUCCUGCUGCUCAAUGCCAACCGCCUGGUAUCCCUCUCCACCGCUGCCUUCCUGCCCCUCACCCAGCUGCAGGACCUCGACCUGGCUGACAACGGGCUGGCGACUCUGCACACCGGGUCCCUGCUGCCAUCCCUGAGGGAGCUGAUCCUCUCCCACAAUGCGCUGGGGGCCCUGCCCGCCCUGCAGGGCCUGCCCGCGCUCACCCACCUGGCUGUGGCCCACAACAGACUGGUGACGCUGGCCCCGGGGGCUUUCCACGCUGUGCCACGGCUGCAGGACCUGGACCUGCGAGGGAACCGGCUGCGGACGCUGCCCCCGGAGGCCUUUGUGGGGCUGAGGGCACUCAAGUACUUGGACCUCUCGGACAACCUCCUGGAGGAGCUCCCCAAGGAGCUGCUGCAGGAUCUGCAAAAGCUGGAGACCCUCUGGCUCUCAGGGAACCGCCUGCAGACCCUGCCCACCGACUUCUUCCCUGAGGGGCACCUCUUUGCGUACGUCUUCCUCACCGAGAAUCCCUGGCAUUGCGACUGCGACCUGCGCUACCUGCGGGCCUGGAUCUGGCAGAAUGAUGGCAGCGUCUAUCAGCCGGAGAGGGGCCUGGAGAAGACAAAGGUGGAGGUCGCCCCUGAGAAGGUGCUGUGCCACAGCCCCCCUGAGCAUUGGCGGAAGCCCAUCAUCCACUUCAAGCCCAACUGCGGCAACUUGGGGGAUGCGGAUGAGGAGGAAGAGGGUGAAUACGAUGAUGGGGAAGAAACGAUGGAGAAAGCUACCAUGAUCUUCCCCCCUCAUCCACCAAUCGCCAAAGAGCACACUACCAUGCCCCAUGCUGUUACCUGGCCUCCCCUCACUACCACAAGACCUCCCCUCAGCACCCCUUGUAGCUCCAGCCUCGCCCCAAGCACUUUGCUUGUGAUGCCUGCAAGCACCAGAGCUCCCAGCACCACUACUCCUCCGUCAGCCAGUCCCACCGUCACACCCACACAGACCUCCAGUGCUGCCGCUGUCCUCAUUGCUGCUUCCACCAGCACCCCGCACAGAUCCGCCACCCUCGUCUCCACCACUUCACUGCCAACCACUGUGAGCACCAGACCUCCCAGCACCAGCAGCCGUCCCCAAACCAUCCUCGCCGCCAGCACUACCAACACCUAUGCCACUCUCAUGGUGUCCACUGGUGCGUUUUCCACCACCUCCACGGCAGUGCCUUCUACUGCCACGCUAAAGACCUCUUCCAUUGUCAGAUCAUUUCCUCCUCUGACAUUGACCACACCGGUGGUCUCCACCACCGUGCUUUCCACUCAUACCCCAAUGCUGCCAGCUCCCCUGGACACCACACGCUUCUCCCAGCCUGCACCUUCCCCUCCACCCGCACCUCUCCCCCUCUGCCCGUGCUCCACCCCAGGACUGGCCGUACCCAUGCUGCACUCGCAGGCAGGUAGGGAGAGUCCACAGUGGGGGCAGUGGGUGCUGAGGCAUUGCUGCCUAUUGCACUGGGUGCUCUACGUGGCCUCCUUGGCUCUGCUGGUCCUGACCAUGGUGGCUCUAGCAGGCUGGCUGGCAUGGAUGUGUCUGGUGGGAUGGCCCUCCUGGCACAAGUCCUUGCAGACCGAAGAGGUGCAGUAUCCGCUGCUGAGGUGGAGGCAGUCAACAGGAAGCCCUGUGAUGCAUCUCAGCAGCUUCAAAAGCCCCCUCCAGCGUCCUACAUUCUGUACCAUCAAGGAAGUAGAGUUGUGCCCUGAGGUCACUUACUGCACGAUUAAAGACCUGGGGAUACAGCGCAGUCCUCCUGCAAGUACCUCCUUCUGCACCACGAAGGAGCUGUGGAUCCACCACAGUCCUCUGAAUGCCUCAUUCAAGUCCUUCUCCAGGAAGCUGAUGGUCACAAACCUCAGCUCCCUGAGGACCCCUUCUGCUUACAGCCUGGACAGGGGUGUCAAGGCCAUCGGUAAUGUCAGAGUGAAAUACGCUGGCAAUACCUUGUAA